UUGGUGACAAAAUCUGACUAAUCCUUUUUAUAAUUAUUACAAAUAAAUAAGUCAGUUUAAUAAACAGACAACUGUUUUCAACAGAGCCUCAUAUUCCGAGUAAAGAGACAUCCUUACGUAGCGGCAUUCGAGCAGUGUGUAUCGUUUGGUGCAUUCACAAAUUACCAACUGGAGGUCGCCUAUAAUGUUUUCUGUGUCUGCGCAAUGUACUUCGUGCCAUUGCUCGUUAUCACCGCCUGCUAUGUACGCAUCUUCUAUGAGAUACAGGCCAGCAGCAAGGGGAUUACAGAGAAACAUGAACAUACAAAUGGAAUCGGUCAAGUGCGCCUACGUUGUUCAGACCGGCGGGUGUUGGAGCGAGCAAGACAGAGAACUCUGCGCAUGACCGUCAUCAUUGUCUUUGUUUUCGCACUGUGUUGGCUCCCUUACGUCACUAUGGCUAUGUGGUACAUGGUGGACCGUGAGUCAGCAUCGCAAGUACCACCUAAAGUUCAGGACCUUCUGUUCGCGAUGGCCGUCUCCAACUCCUGUAUGAAUCCCCUAGUCUACGGCACCUACACCUUGAAAGUAAACGGAUCCUUGCAACGGCUUCUCAAGAAUAUCUUUUGCAUACCUGGUAGCGGAUCUGAUACGAUAGGUACUUCAAGUUCGUCAAAAAACAAAAAGCAAGAUACGCAUCCUCUUAAUACAAUAAAGAAUGGUGCAACGAAACCAAAGUUGGGAGUGAGAUUUGCUGAUACCUCUCUGACUGCUGUCGGAGAGCGCGUCGAAACGUCACCGCGUUGUCGUGGUCCUGCCUGACACCCACCACCACGCCUCUACUGCGCCAGACACGAGCGGUGCCGGGUCCUACACGAAAUAAAGACUCGGACAACUGCAGUGUAAAUUGAAUCCGUAGGAUUAAAGAAAACUACUUAAUGGAUUAUAUUUUUGACGUGACAACAUUUUAUUAAUUCGAUGGAGCCAGCUGCACGCACGAAAAAACAUGACUCAUGCGGCGUUACCUCGCUCUGAGGCUUAAAGUGCAAGCGAGAGCGCGGAACGAGCGACAAAGACGCACAAUCGGCCUCUGCGUUCGGCAGCGUUAGGCAUCUAUACUGUAUAUAAAGUAUAUAUCGUAUUAUAUCGAUUAUAUUGUGAUCGAUCAAUUCAAUUGUGAUUUCC